AUGGCACAGGGUCAGCCCAUGACCCUGCUGCUCUUGGUGGCGGCCACCUUGGGUCAGAAGCAUUAUGUCGAGGCUGGCUUGUCAGACUUCCGGCACAGCUAUGACUGUGGGGUGCGGGGUAUGCAGCUGGUCGUGUUCCCCAGGCCAGGCCAGACCAUCCGCUUCAAGGUGCUGGAUGAAUUUGGAAACCGCUUUGAGGUGAAUAACUGCUCCAUCUGCUACCACUGGGUCAGCUCAGAGCCCCUGGAGCCAGUGGUCCUCUCGGCUGAUUACAAAGGCUGUCACGUGCUGCAGAAGGAUGGCCGUUUCCACCUGAAGGUCUUCAUACAAGCUGUGCUGCCCGAUGGCCGGCUGGGCACAGAGCAAGUUGUCACUCUGAUCUGUCCCAAACCUGAGCCCACCAGGACCCUGGACCCUAACCUGACACGGCUUACAGUGUCUGCACCCCCUGCCCCUCAGACUCGCCCCCGUCCUCCGAGUGCUCACCAAGCCCUACCCAGCACAUCGUUCUCAGAGUACAGCUCCACGCCUCCAACUCCUCCAUCGUCACCAUUUCCCACACCAGAAUCUGAGUACCCCUCCAUGUCUCAGACCCACUGGGGUCUCCUACUGAAGGACCAGGCAACAACCAAGCCAUAUCACACAGGUACCCAUCUGCCCCGGAAGUGGUGCCAUGUGACCUCUGGGCACAUCCCCUGUAUGGCAAGAAAUUCUUCCAAGGAAGCAUGUUGGCAGGCUGGCUGCUGCUAUGAUGACACCAGAGAGGUGCCCUGUUACUAUGGCAACACAGCUACCAUUCAGUGUUUCAGAAAUGGCUACUUCAUCGUGGUCCUGUCCCAAGAAAUGGCCUUGGCACACAAGAUCACACUGGCCAACAUCCGCCUGGCCUACGCCCCCACCCACUGCCGCCCCAUCCAGAAGACCAGCGCUUUCUUGGUCUUCCAGGUCCCUCUCACCCAGUGUGGCACUACAACCCAGGUGAUUGGCAACCAGCUCAUCUAUGAGAACCAGCUGGUGUCUGAAAUCCAUGUCCUAAAGGGGCAACAUGCUUCCAUCACUCGUGACAGCACCUUCCGGCUUCACAUCCGCUGUAUCUUCAAUGCUGGUGACUUCCUGCCAAUCCAGGCGGCCAUCUUCCCACCCCGAUCGCCUGCCCCAGUGGCCCAAUCCGGUCCCCUGCGCCUGCAGCUGCGGAUUGCCAAGGACCAGACUUUCAGCUCCUACUACAGAGAGAAGGACUACCCACUCGUGAGGCUGCUUCAGGAGCCCGUCCACGUGGAAAUUCGGCUGCUGGAGAGGACAGACCCCAACCUGGUCCUGAAGCUGCACCAGUGCUGGGCCACUCCCAGCCCCAACCCCUUCGACCGUCCCCAGUGGCCCAUCCUGACCGAUGGGUGUCCCUUCAAAGGUGACAGCUACAGAACCCAAAUGGUGCCCUUGGACAAGACAGAGGCCUUCUGGUCUCACUAUCAACGGUUCACUGUGGCCACCUUCACCCUCCUGAAUGCCAGCUCUGAGCAAGCCCUCAGGGGAAAGGUGUACUUCUUCUGCAGCGCCUCUGCCUGCCAUCCCUCUGGGCUGGAGACGUGUGUGACUGUGUGCCCGGAGACUACACGCCGGCGUCGAUCUCCAAGUCAUCAUAACAUUACCACCAAGGUGCUGGACAUCGUGAGCUCUCCAGGAGCUGUGGGCUUCGAAGGCCCUCUUAGGCUCCAACCCCCAGGCUCCAGCAGGACCUCUAACCCCAGUCCUCUACUGUGGGGACUCUUCUUGCUGCUGGCUGUGACUCUGGUCCUGGGAGUUGGCCUCUUUGUGGGGUUAAGCCAGGCCUCCAAGAAGCACUGGGAAGGCACCAGAAGGUGA